ACUAACUAUAACGAUUAUGUGGAUUCUGUGCGCGCUACUYACCAUGUACGAUUACUUUCCAGUCGGUCAUCCGGCCAGAACCGAUGUAAAAAUAAGGAUUAUAGGUGAUUCAUCGUGGUUUAGAGUGCCAUACCCCGGCCAAUGGGGUUGGCCAACUGUUAGCGUAGCCGGCGUCGUAGGCAUGUUGGCUGGUGUACUGGCAUGUACCGUUGAGUCCAUUAGCUACUAUCCGACAACAGCCAAAAUGUGUGGAGCUCCGCCACCACCAGUGCAUGCUAUUAACAGAGGAAUUGGAUUCGAGGGACUAGGUACAGUAUUCGCUGGACUCAUGGGAAGUGGAAAUGGAACCAAUACUUUUGGGGAAAACGUAGGCGCGAUUGGUGUCACAAAGAUUGGCAGUAGGCGUGUAAUCCAGUACGCUAGUGCAUUGAUGUUAAUUCAAGGCGUUGUCAAUAAAUUUGGAGCAGUUUUUAUAAUUAUUCCCGAACCUAUUGUAGGAGGCAUGUUUUGCAUUAUGUUUGGAAUGAUAAGCGCAUUUGGUUUAUCAGCUUUGCAAUACGUUCAGUUGAACUCAUCCAGGAAUUUGUAUAUUAUAGGAUUUUCAAUGUUCUUUUCGCUGGUUUUACCGAAAUGGCUCAUCGCUCAUCCAAAUGCAAUUCAAACAGGAAACGAAAUAUUGGACAGUGUGUUGACAGUAAUUUGUAGUACCAGUAUAUUAGUCGGUGGUUUAAUCGGAUGCUUCUUGGACAACACCAUACCAGGCACUCCGGAAGAGAGGGGUCUCAUAUCAUGGGCCAAUGAAAUGAAUCUAACUAGUGAACCGACGACGGGCGAAGAAACGAGCACUUAUGAUUUUCCGGUGGGCAUGAAUGCGAUAAGGAAAAUGAAGUGGACAUAUUCAGUUCCAUUUUUACCAACCUACAGACCAAAGAAAAAUUAGAAUUGUCAACGUAUUAUUAACAUGUUUUAUGGUAAAUUAUAUAAAAUUGCUUAUUGGUUUA